UGCUAUUCUCAUAGACCCCAAUGCAUUAGCACAGGAGUCUAUGAGAAAUGUACUAGUUUCCUAUGGAGCCCUGCUACAGACAGGAAGCACUAUGCAGCAGCCUUCUGUCAUUCUUUACGACAGGGGAUGCUGCAUACAAGCUCCUCCGAUCGCCGCAUGGGGGAGCCAGAGCAUCACUGGAAGCGCACGCUUCCGGUAUUUUGCACGCUCAGAUGCCAUGGUCAGGACAAUAGCCGCAGGUGUAUACUAUGGCUCAGGGGCGGGCGCCAUCUUUAAAGAGGACCUCGCAUAACAUGUCUUUUUAACAAGAAGCUGUAACGUUUCAUGACUUGACUGUUUUAGGCUAAUUUCACAUUAGCUUUCCGUUCAGAUGCGUACCAUUUUGCAAACGGGCAGUAUCCAGACUGAACUCUGAUCCAUUCAUUUCAAUGGGUGUAUACACAUGAGCAUUGUUAUUAACCAUCUUUCGGUUCAGAAAAAAAUUCCAGCAUGUUCUACAUUGUCCCUUUUUCAUGCAGGACUGGCCCAUUCAAGUCAAUGGGUCAGUGAAAAAAAGCUGAGCACACAUGUCAUCCGGAUGCAGUCCGUUUUUCACUGAUGGUUGAUAGCAGAUACUGUUUGUUAUUCUGCAGUUUUUCUUCCUGUGUGUGAAAAACAGAUGUAUAAUGGGUGCUAUCCUGUCGUAAAAAAACUGUAACACUUACUAACUGCUUGCAUUCCCCUUAUAAUGUUCUGUCACAGUCUGACUCCAUCCAGUCGAUGCUGCCAAUGUAGGGACACCCCCCCCCCCCCCAAACUGGUAACAUCCAGCUGGACCUUUAUUGCAAACUUCUGUCAAUUCAUUCCUAACUUUUAGAUGAAUGACAUAACAUCAUAAAAAUAGAUGCUCCAGAAUUUUUAUUACAUGGGGAAUGCCAGUAGUUACUAAAACUGACAUGUCAGGAGCGGUGAAAGGUCCUCUUUAAAUGACUACUUGCAAUAACAACUCUGGAGCAUUAACUCUGUGUUGUGCUAUUCCUCUAUUUUCCUGCUGAGAAUUACUAGUUGGGAGUUUGUACUUGUACAGUCUGACAGGGCAGUGUCAGAAGGUGCAGGAACAUGCCUGCAACAGGUAACCACCCAGUUUGCAAUUCAUUCAUAAACUUAUAGUAGGAAUAAUAUAACAUAGUUAUAGUUAUAUGAAAAGAUACUUCAUAAUUGUUAUUUAACAUAGAAUACAGUUGUUUAAUAAAUUGGAAAUGUCAGGAGAGGUGACAAUUCCUCGAAGUCAGGGCUUCCAAACCUGCAGCCCAUCAGCUGUUGCAAAACUACAACUCCCAAAAUGCCUGAACAGCCUACAGCUAUUAUGAUGUGCUGGGAGUUGUAGUUGUGCAACAGCUGGAGGGCUGCAGGUUGAUGACCUAGCUCUCUACAUAGCAGAUCUGUAGUUAUUCCCUUGUAUCCCAAUUACCUUUGAAGUUAUUCUGCACACUUUACAUUGUAAUUUUAAUUGUGAGAAGUAAAAAAUAUAUUUUAUACUAUAUGUUUCUCAGUUAGAGAUGAGUGAAAUGAUUUGUACCAUUUGAUGUGUCUCACCAAGCAGAGUUCUUCACCUGUGACAGGGUGUCCCCGGAGCUAAGGAUGUCCCCUACGCCGCUUGAUUGGCAGGACCGGACAAUCUCGCUACUGCACUGCUGCCCCAGAGGAACCGUGGCGGCAAAUGCCCAGUCACUGCUCCAGAAGCUGAGCCACUGCCCUUGCGCUGCUACUCAGAACAGUGGCGUAGGUGUGAGAUGGUCAGGGCCGGCUGAGAUGUCCUACUAUGUUAAUCAAGCAUCAGGGGGCGCGUUAUCGGCUUCACGGAGACUCUGUCACAGGUGUAGAACUCUGCCUGAUGAGACAAAUCAAUUCGUAAGAAUCUGUUCUCUCAUAUCUGGUCUCAGGAAACCAGCCUUCUCCUCUUUCUUCUUACAAGCUUGUCUCAGGCUGUAAGGCAACUGACAGCAGAUGGAACCUUCUCCCACUGUUCAGUCUAGAAUAGGAGCUAUGGGCUGUAUUGCAUUAAAAUAUCAGGCAGGGGAUUGCCAGUGAUUGCCUGUUCGUUAGUGGAGGAGAGCACUGCUAUUACAUGCAGCAAUCUUCUACAGAGUAUGGGGAGGAGCGAUCGUUAAUGCCAUCGCAUAUCCCCUUUCUGACUAGUUGUUUGCCGACAGCAAAUGGUGAUUAGACGCCACCAUCAAAAAAUUGUUUGCCACCAUCAAAAAAUUAUUUAAAAAAUCUAGAUUGCCCGAUGAAUAAGCGUUUGCUCAUUCAUCGUGUAAUCAGAGGCAGAAUUACACUGCCAGAUCAUCUCUAACGAGCGCUCCUACGAAUGCUUGUUACCGAUUAUCUGUCCGACAGUUGGCCAGUUUAAUACUAGCUUAAGCUCCACCAACUUAGUGAAACCCUGACUGUCAGUUAUCUGCCAGACAUAUGAAAGGGGGUCAGGAGGAAAUGAACACCUAUGUUGUCUGCAAGAUAUGUACAGGUAAAUCCUGUUCCUAUUAAAAGUGUUUUGAACAAGUGCAGAACAAAGGUCAGUGUUUAUUUGGAAACCACUCACACUGGGCGUGGGAUAAGGUGUGCCACCUGGCAGGUACAGUGUUUUCUUUCACAGUGGCAGCCAUGGCAUCUGCUGUUCUUAGAGACGAGUUAGACUGCUGCAUCUGCUUAGACAUUUUUAGAGACCCUGUAACGCUAAGAUGUGGACAUAACUUCUGUCGGGACUGUAUUGAUCGUGUGCUGGAUACACAGGACGAGUCUGGAGUUUAUACCUGUCCUGAAUGCAGAGAAGAGUUUCAGGAGCGGCCUGCACUGAUGAGGAACUUAGCUCUGCGUAACAUUAUGGAGAAUUUCCUGUUUACUCAACCUAAAGAGACAGAAACCAGGAUCUUCUGCACUUACUGUGUGGACACUCCUGUACCUUCUAUUAAAUCCUGUCUACACUGUGAGGCUUCUCUGUGUGAGAAACACCUGAGCGUUCACAGCAAAUCAUCAGAACACGUCUUAUCUGACCCCAGCACUUCCCUGGAGAACAGGAAAUGUUCUGUCCAUAAGGAACUUUUAGAAUAUUACUGUUUUGAAGAUGCUACACCUAUCUGUUCCACCUGCUACUUGUUUGGUGGACACAAAAGGCACCAGGUAGAUAUACUAGAUGAGGCAUCUGAGAAGAAGAAAGAGAUCCUGAGGAAUGUUCUGCAGGAACUGACAACACAAAGGGAGGAUACUGACCAAAGAGUCAGGAGUCUGCAGAAUCACAAAAGAGAUGUACAAGGUAAAGCAGCACAUUUAACAGAGAGAGUCACUACCCUGUUUACCAACCUGAAAACACAACUGAACGACCUGGAGGAGAGGGUCCUGAGUGAGAUCUCCAGGCAGGAAGAGCAGAUGUCAUUCUCAGUUUCAGAUCUGAUCAAGAACCUGGAGACAAAGACAGAGGAGUUGACAGAGAAGAUUCGGCAUCUUCAGAUGGCAUUUAAUAUACAAGACUCAUUGGCUUUCUUAAGAGAACUGGACAGCAGGAAACUAUGGGAAGAUAAGCCAAGAGGUGAUGUGAUGGCUUAUACGAUAUCUGAUCUGGAUGAAGGUCUAAUCUCAGACACUUUACACAAAGAUUUAGAUGAUAUCAUGUCUGGGGUAAAGAAAAUGUUUUAUGUGGAAAAGAAAUCUGAUGAUUUAACAGAUCCGACCAGGAUGGCAUCUGAGAAACCAGACAAUGCCUCAAUCUUUAGCUUUUUGCCAAUCCCACGGCUUUUUAAGGUUGACACCGAGAAGUGGAGCUUAUUCCAGUCCAGAGAACCACAGGGAGCAUGUUCGGUUCCUGCACCGUCUGAAACUCGUGAACCAUUUCUGGAAUUUGAAAGUCCCUUUUCUUCAUCCAGGUCAGAGAACAAAGGUUUAUUUAGUAAAAUCCCAGACGUAACUCUGCCAAAAUGGGAAGAUUGGCUGAAAAAGUAAGCAUAAAGAUGAGCAGACUGCCAGGUGAUGACGCGUCAAUUAGAAAAAAUAUAAAUCAUACUUACCAACUCUUCUAAAAUGACCUGGAUUUAUCACAUUUCAUGGGUGCCGCAUCUAAUAUAUUCAACUAUCUUCACACCAGGCUAGUGUCAGGUUGUUGUCUACGGGGCUGCCCAAGAGUAAAAACUGCAAAAUUCAAUUUUCAUAUAUGUUGUUGCUGCUGUGGUGAUAAUCUAUAAUCACUAAUUAUUGUGUUCACAUACCACUUGUUUAAUAAGAUUCCGUCCAUGGCAACCGCUCCUCACAAGACUUCUUUCUGAUUAUCUUCUCAAGAUGGCUGCUGAUGCCCUUACCCUAGGGCUAAGACCUCCCUCCCUAACUACCCAGAAUUCAUUCGGCUCAUCUUAGGAACACGCAGCCUCACCCUAACCAAUCGGCUUUCUCUAGACUUAAACACACCCUCUUCCUCCUGAGUAGUUGAUCGCAAAUUUUUAUCGCGAAUAUCGGCACUAUCCCGGUCCGAAGGGAGCGCGCACGCAGCAUUCAGGACUGCCCACUACUACGUCCUCUGUCUUCUUUAUAUAGACGAUAGGAGACGGAGGACACCUAGCAACGCUGUUUUCGCCGCACCACUGAUAUGCCUGGGAGAGGAAAGAACAUGCUGCAAUUAGUAGGUAAUUCAAUACCUAUACAAAAGUAUUAACUAGGGAACUAAGGUAAACUUAGUCAGACCAAUCCAAUUACAUAAAAAAAAUAUAUAUGACAGUUACCCUUUAAGUAAUGUGGAAAGGUGAGAAUCUACAGAUUCUGGUGUAAGGUCUAUUAGUAUAGGAAGUCUUGUCUGGGGUUUGUAUAUGUUAAGGGAGUCUGGUCUGGUGUGUGUAUUUACUGACAUGAUGUGGUCUAGGGUCUGUAGUAGUCAUGGUGGUAUAGUAUGGGAUGUUUAUUUUUAAAGCUGGUCUUAAAGGGAACCUGUCAUGUGGAUAUUUGAUUAUAAUCUAACUAAUUAUAUACAAUCAUUAACUACUAAAAAGUGCC